GUUACUUAGUAUAUAAAGGACAGAAAUCCUUUGAGUUGAACCAUCAGAGUCCAGACUGAAGAAAGACAGUGGAGUGUGAGCCAGCACCUGUCUACAGACACAACUAUGAAGUCAGCUGUCAUUGCCUUUCUCACCUGCCUGCUUGUCCUCUAUGUACAAGGACAAUCAGACACCGCUAGUUCAUGCAAGUGUUUAAACGGUUAUGUCGGCCGGGUCAACACAAAGGUCAUCCAGGGAAUGCCAGUCAUACACCAAUCAAGUGUCUUCUGUCUAAAGACAGAAAUUAUUGUCACAAUAGCAGAUAAGAAGAAGUGUGUGAAUCCAGCGUCACCACUGGGAAAAAUCAUUCUGCAAAACAUGAGCAAGCAAAAGAAGAAUGAAGCUGUGAGCAUGACGACGACUACCAGUCAAACUAAUACACAGAGUUCAACGAGUCACCACACAACAUCCACCAUGUAGAGCUGCUGCAAUACUUUUAUACUUAUUUUAUACUUUUUAUAUUUCAUUUUUACUAUAUUUAUGAAAUUUCAUAAUUAAAUCUAAUUUAAAUGUAGUAUUUUUUUAUUUAUACAGUUAUAUCACUGAUCUUUCAUGGUAGUGGUAUUUUUCACUCCUAUUUCUUGACUGUUACGCACCACAACACCAAAGCAAAUCCCUUGUUGUAUGUUUCUGAUUCUGAUUAUCAUGUCACUACAAUAAGUGAUCUUCUGUUUCUGUUUUCUUAACUUAAAUUGUCAUUGUGUUUAUAUAGUAAAUAAGUCAUUUGUAUAUAUUUUGAAUAUUUUUUGGUACCAAAAA